GUUCGCAUUCUUACCUUUUAUUAUUUCUUAUUGUUGUUGCAUUGUCGAGGAGCCUGCAAGUAAGCACUUUGUUUGAUGGUGUAUACCAUGUGUAUACUGUACAUACAACUAAUAAAACUUGAAUUCACACAAUCAUUGGUUUUCAGGCAAGAACCUUGGGGUGCCAUGAAGACCACUCUACAGUAUCUGUGGGAUGUUUACUCAAAACCGACCCAGGCUGCCAAGGAGGUCCUGACAUUACUUUCUAUGUGUUUCAUUAUCGCCAUGGUGACUGGUGGUCUCCUCUACCAUUGGAUGACAGAGAUCCUGAGAUAUGACAGUGGUACUUCCAGCACUGCUGCCUGCAUCUAUAGUGUGGCCAUCCUUUUCCUCUCGUUCCUCUGUCAUCCUCUCCGUUGUGUGCUAACUAUGAUCCUGCCCACUCUGGGCACCAAACAGGGGCGCAAGCUGAUCAUUUCCACCUCUGUGAUUGUGUUAGUGUUGAGCAUCAUCCUUAACAUAACCGUUAACAUGGGAGUGGUGAUGCACGUUUUAAAGUGCACCUCUGAAGGUUUUGUCCGCUCUCUUUUAAACUCAUCUGAGCUGUUUCAAGAAGCAAAGAGAGAUCUUGUUAGAGAGGCUAUCAAAGUGAAACAGGAAGAACUGAAUAUUGUUAACAGGUUGAGGAAAUUUGAUCAUUUUACACACAUUGAUGUGUCAAAGGUCCAAAAUAUGUUUGUUACUGUAAGCAAACAGAUUGAGAGUGACUUUUCACGUGCCAAUAAACUGCUGGAGGAUUAUAAACUUCUGUCAAACAGGAUUCUGGCGGCCAUCUUUCUAAUCUACCUGAUAGUUGAAUCAGCCUACUACCUGAAGUCAUAUGUCAUUUCGGUUAAGUUUGACAACGUUUACAUCACCAGACAGUUGCUGCAAAAAGCAUCUAAGGAUGGAAUCCAGAUAGAGCCAACUAACUUGAAAAAUAUGGUUAAUUCCACAAGUUGUAAAAUAACAAAACAGGAAUUUACCAAAUGUCUUGCUCCCAUAGUAGUGGUGACUUUGUAUUUUAUUGUUAUUAUCUUCAUAAUGGUUUUGGAUCACAUUGUGUACCAUCUAGUUACAGUGAGUGGGCCUUGGCUGCUGGAUGUUCCAGCUACAUCUGUCAGCAUAGCUGUGAAAUAUAAGAUUCACCUGCGCUUUCCAGGUCUAUGUCUAAUCCCAGCUAUCUGUAGGGAUACAGAACUGGCAAACCUCCACAAGCAGUAUGACUGGACAUUUAGCCCAGAGGCUUUACGCUGUUAUAUUGAGCCCUCUGCACCAGACCUGAGAGUGAGGGUCUUCCUGGGACUACUCUGUCUGGUGAGCUACAUCAUGGUGUUACUGGAGGUCUAUGCCAGGCGCAUCCGCAGGAAAGUGUCUGCAUCCUUCUUCAAAACGCAGGAGGAAAAAAGAAUUAAUUUCUUAUUGAAGAAGAUACAGGCGAAACAGGACAAAAGAGAAAACAAUAUAUUUUUCAUUGAAGCUGUGAAUGAGACCCGCUUUCACACAAACCAAAACGUAAUUUGAAGCUUGACUUGCUGUCAUUAUAUGUAGUUUAGGGAGACCUCUGCUUUUAAUACGUUCACUGCUCCUCUUGAGCUAUUGCCGUUAUAAUAGAUUUAUUUUAGAAUUGGAGAAAACCCUCCUCAGUCUCCCCAGCUGUCAGCUGAGAGAAUUUGUUGAUUCGAUUUGUCCAUAUUUUCAGAUUGAACUGAUUCUGCAAUAUACAAAUGAAAAGCAUGGAAUAAAAAAUGUAACUUCAAAGUGAUACAAGCAUGCUUAUCCCUGUGUUACAAUACAAUUGAUGAAUUCAGUGCCAACAUCCUGCUCUCCAUGAGCCAAAGGGCCUGUUGAGAACAGGACAGGGCAUCCUGUUACUGAGUCACAGUCAUAUGACCUUUCUCCUGGUCGUGGAGCACCCCUCUUACGCCCACGUUGCCUCGUCUCAACAACACUCAUGAAACCAUGUUUGUAGGCUUAAUGAAGAAAUAAAGACCAUAUAACAGACUA